GACAAAUGUGAUACUUCUUACAUUCUGAAUGACAGAAAAUGUUUUGUAAGCCGCAGAAAUGAAGCCUGCAGUAUAUCCUUAGAUCCUUAGUUUGUAUACGCAAAAUUUUUCAAUGUUAUGCUCAAUAUUGGAUUAAUUGAAACCCCACGCUAUUUUCUAUGUAAUCAACAAUUUAGCUUAACAAUCAUAAUGGCACUGUGGAUUCAUUUGUCUCAAUCACGGACUGUUCACUUUCAUACUGAUGAAGAAAUUCCAACUGGUACAAAAAUUGGCAGUUUACUGAAACACGUACACGGAGGAUUCACAAAUCUUAACUUUUUUAAAAUCUCCAGCGUUGAUGACUUUUCGGAGCUAUUUUCUGUAGAUCAAAUUAACGGGGAUAUAUUGAUUGCAAAGCAGUUGGACAGAGAAACACUAUGCCGUCCUGAGGUCCUGAAUAGUCAGAAAACAGUUUCAAAGGAAUUGAAAGAAGGAUGGAAUUCUCGAGUGAAUCAGUAUUCAGCUUGUGAAUUAUAUUUUAGUGUGAAUUGUUUAAAUGUAACACCGAUUAAAAAUCUUGGAAAUCAAAAUAAAAGUAAAACGCCUGUAAGUAAUAAGCUGGUAGCUAUUUUCGAUGUUGUCGUUGAACUCAGGGAUAUUAAUGAUAACGGAUGUAAAUUUAUGCCAUCAAGUGAACAGAUUAUUCGAAUACGUGAAGAUUCACCUAUUCGUGAAACACGACUACCACUGAAUACCCCACAUGAUCCAGACGAUGCAGUUUUAGGAAAUACUGUUAAAUCUGAUCUUGUAUGGAUCCAUGAUCGGCCGAAUAAAUUAUCUUCGUUGGAUAAACGGAAUAUAAAUGCCACAUUCAAGCUACAUAGUCUUUCAUCUUCGAAUAAUGCGAAUAUUAGACUGGAGCUGGAACUGAUUAGAGCGUUGGAUUAUGAAAGUCAGCAAAAUUAUACAUUUGAAAUCGUCGCUGAUGAUGGCUUUCCAUCAGGUGGACAUCAGUGUUACCUAAAUGUGACUGUACUCGUCGAAGACUGUAAUGAUCAUACGCCAGUGUUUGAUCAGUCCACGUAUGUUGCGAAUGUUAGCGAAGACACGAUCAUUGGCCAGACGAUUGUAAAGGUUACGGCGAAUGAUGCAGACGACGGGGAAAAUGGGAAAGUCCUGUACAGCAUUGAUUCAUAUACGGAUAACACUGAUGACAGCAACCUUCUCUAUAUUCAUGAGGAUACCGGUGAAAUUAGGCUUCAACGACGUUUAAACCAUCGACUGAAACCCCAACAUAUAUUGAAAGUAUUUGCUAAGAAUCCUGAUCAUACUCUAUCGAGAAAUAUGAAAUCUCUGCAGACUCAAUCCAAGUCAUCUACAGCUCAGGUUAUUGUCAAUGUGAUUGACACAAAUGAUCACCAUCCAAGGAUUCGAAUUUUGUCGCCAACCGGUUCAAAAUCUCUAGAAAUAAUAGAAGAAUCUCCGCCUGGUCAAGAUAUUGGCAUUCUAGAUGUUUCAGAUGGUGAUACAGGGAAAAAUGCAGAAGUGAACUGUAAACUGACAAAUCAAACUCUCGCAGAUGCUUUAAUCCUAACUCCGAUGAAUGCUGGACUUGUCAGCAAUGAUUUAACAAUAUCUAAUAAGAAAUAUAAACUCUCCUUGUUGAAAAGUAUAGAUAGGGAAGAAUAUCCGGCUGUCGAAUUUACUGUUUACUGUUGGGAUAAUGGAGAUCCACCCUUAUCAAGUAACACAACACAAAGCAUCAAAGUAAUUGAUAUCAAUGAUAACGAUCCGAUAUUUAAUCAAAGUGUCUACACAGUUAAGAUCCUGGAAGAUACAAGUCCUGAAAGAGCACGAGAAAACUUUGAAAUCAUAUCGCUUCUUGCAACAGAUAAAGAUGAAGGUCGUAAUGCAAAACUACAUUUCAGUAUUGUUCAGACAACACCAAUUUCCCAGGUUGAUUUGGUGACAAUCAACUCGGUAACAGGAAGGAUACAUUCUCUAGGCAACUUGGAUCGUGAAUUAUCUGACAGAUUCUCUAUCCUUGUAUUAUGUUCAGAUGACGGUGAGCAGAGUAAACGUUCAACUUCAGCUCUAGUCGAUGUAACAAUUUUAGAUUUCAAUGAUAACGCUCCAGUUUUCUCUAAGCCGUCAUAUGAUUUUCACUUAUCAGAAAAUAAUCUAAUAGGAGAAUUGAUCGGAAGCUUUUAUGUUACAGAUAAUGAUAUAGGUGAAAAUUCAGAAUUGAAGAUAGAGAUCAAGAAAAGUGUUAUCAGUAGAAAGCUCAAUGCUAAGCAAUUAUCGAUUAUGCCUGAUUUGAAUCAAAAAAAGUAUAUUGAAUACAUUCCAAAGUUUCAGUUAGUUUCACAGAGGGUAAACGCUUCAUCGUCUGCCGGCAGAAAAGCCUAUUAUGAGAUGAAAUUGUAUGCAAACUCUGUGAUUAAUCGUGAGAGUCUCAUUGAGGAAUCAACUUCCCCUAUCCCGGAAACACCACUUAAUGCUAAAUCAGUUGGAUACAUGGAUACUACACUCAGUGUGGAUCAUUAUGCAAUGUCAACAAAUAAUUCCUUAUUUACGCCAAAUGUUGUCUUAACAAUACAGGCACAAGAUAAAGGCAUACCAAAGUUAUCUGAAAAUGUACUAGUACGUAUACACAUCUUAGAUGUGAAUGACAAUUCACCGUAUUUUAUAUUCCCUGAUCCAACUGAUGUGAAUAAGUCACAAGCUGUUGUAUCGUAUAAGGAACCAUUGGGAUAUGCCUUUACACAAGUAAAAGCUGUAGAUGAUGAUGCCGGUGAAAAUGGUACCAUCCUCUAUUUUAUUCAUUCUGGUAAUGAUGCAAAUUACUUUCGUUUGAAUCCAAAUAACGGAAUAUUGAAUAUACAUAAAAGUAUUCCAUACUCGGCAAUAGGUGAUCAUCCACUGAGGAUUGAAGCAAGAGACUGUGGAAAACCAUAUCGUUUCACUUUAGCUGAACUAAUUAUUAGAAUCGAUGAAUCUGAAUCGAAAGCUCAUCUCACUGGAAGGCUGUAUCAUGCAGACAAUGGAGUGGGUAGUGGUUUCAAUUUUGGCCUAAGUAGGAAUAAACUCAAUCUGUACAUCAUCAUAGCCAUUGUGGCAGCAGCCUGUAUAAUAUCAACAAUACUUCUGUUUUUAUUCCUUACAUUAUUACGUCAUGUCAAAGGUAGUCGGAAUUAUCUAAAUGUAAGUAAUUCAACAAAUAAAACCAUCAGGAAAUCCUACAGCAAUAAUUCUAUGGAUUCUACACAUUGGCGUCUGAAAUCAGCAGUUUCUGAUUUCUCAAAAGUUCAGAAUAAUGAAGGUGUUCAAUCAUUGUGCAAUAUUUCGUAUCAAAUCCCACUGGAAGAUAGUACAAGUACCGGUUUGGAAUCAGUGAGUCAUAUGAAUGAAAGUGUAUAUAUCUUACCUGUUCAAGUUGAGAACCCUUCUGACUAUUAUCCAUCCAUUAAAGCAUUUUAUAAUUACUGUCCAUAUGUAAAUCAAACCAUCCUAAAUGAUCCCAGCCAUGAUGUUUUACAAUCAGUGCGCACAAUCAAUUCGAAGAUGAUUUCUAAAGAAGAUUCGGUACCCACCAAUUUCAACUGCCCAUAUGGUGUAUACGCAAAUCAUUUCGAUAAUGGAGUAUCAAAUAUAAAUGAAAAUGGAUUGCAUACAGAGUUUAUGAAUGACCAGUCUUCAAUACCAUGUACACUUAAGACAUUUUCAAAGUUGAAUGGAGAUUCACAAAAUGUACGUUCUCUUCUGAUAAAUGUUUUUAAAUCCUCAGAUAAAAAAUUUUUGUAA